AUGAAGCCAACAGUAUCACAAGACGGUGACUCUACCGACGCCUCUUCACCCAUCGACGACCCUUCCAUCUCCCAAGUCUUUGGUGAUCCUGUAAUCGACUUACAUCUGACAUUAUGGGACAUCUUUGAAAACGCCGUGGCUUCAAAGCCCGAUGGAGACGCCCUUGUUUCGAUGUGGCAGCCACGCCAUCAUUUGUCCAACGGUGAUCUUCCUCCUCCAUCCAAUGACAAGGACAAACCGUACCUCAAUUGGACCUAUACUCAGUUGAAGGACAAGGCAGAGCGGGUAGCCGAGACUUUGGAAAGUCUAGGCUGUCGACCUGGAAUGCGGCUGGCCGUUGUGCUUAGUAACUGUGCAGAAUGGGCCUUGUUCUUCUGGGCGGCGGCCAAAAUGCGCAUGGUUUUUGUCCCCAUUGACCCAACGGUUCCUCGAGAUGCGAGAGCCGCAAUCCUAUCCGUCAAGGCGAAAGUGGUGGUGGCACAAGAUGCGGAGGGUGCAAAGGCGCUUGAUCUUUCCACAGAGUCGAGGGUCUGUAUAGUGUGCGUAGGGGAAAAGGUUGACAACUGGUUGGGGCUACCUGAUGUGUUGAGUCCUGGCGAUAAACUGUCAGAAUCUGUGCCCAAGAUGACGAAUGGGGUUGACUCGACAGAUACGAACCAAGACGAAGACGCAGCAUUGAUCAUAUUUACCAGCGGAACAACAGGUCAACCCAAAGGAUGUUUACAUACAAACGCCAACAUCAUAUCGCAGUGUUGCGACUUUGAUCCAGAAGUCAAUGCUAUGGGAAAGCUUAGAUGGCUUAUCCAUACCCCUGUCUCCCACAUGUUUGCCAUCAACAACACCCUUCGUGCAUGGCGUUGGAGUGGCUUGGCUGUCAUCCCAUCCAAGUCCUUCAACGUCGAUGCCACGCUCGACGCCCUCGUAAAAGAGAGAUGUCACAUCAUGUCAGCCACUCCCACGCUCGUCAAAGCCCUAAUGUCGCACCCAAACUUCCCCAACGUUGACCAACUCGACCUACGAAUCGUCACCAUUGGGGGUACAUCCAUCGGACCAGAAGACAUCAAACUCUGCCGCGAAGGUCUCGGCGCGCAAAUGGCGAUUCAAGUAUUCGGCAUGAGCGAAGGUGCUCCCAUCAUUACCUGGAAGAGGGCGGAUCCUGAUUUGGUGGACAGUUGGCAUCCUGGAGUUGGCAAGGUUCUUCCAGGGGCGGCUGUGAGGAUCUGCCGGCCCGAGACGCGAGAAAUACUACCUCGAUCGGAGAUCGGAGAAUUGCAUAUUGGCGGAACAUCCGUCAUUUCUAACUAUUGCGACAAUGGCAGGGGUUCUGAUGGAGCCAUGUACACCGACGAAACAGGGAAUUGGCUAGUCACAGGCGACCAGGCCAAGAUUGAUGACAAGGGAAUUGUUUAUAUCCUCGGUCGCUACAAGGAUCUUAUUAUUCGUGGUGGUGAGAACAUAUACCCCCUCAAGAUGGAACAGGUUCUACUUCAGCAGCAUAAAGGACUACAGGUCCAAGUUGUUGGCGUCCCAGAUGAUUUGGCUGGCCAAGUCGCUGUCGCUGUCGUUCUUCUACCAGAAAAUCUCACAAAAUCCGAAAUUAUUGAGACUGCCAGAAAUGCCGAUCAACGAUACGCUCUAGAUGGCGUAUACACCCUCCAAGAACUAGGUCUAGAAAAGUUUCCCUUGACAUCGCUCGGAAAAGUCAAGAAGGAGCAGCUCAAAGCCCAUAUUCUCAAACUCCGACAAGGGAAAAGUUCACCAAAGGGUCCAUUUUCGCCAAAGGUUUCAGUCUCGCCAAAAGGUUCAAUAUCAUCGAAGGAUUCAAUCUCGCCAAGGAGCUCGAAUUUACCAAAGGUUCCUAUCAACAAGGCAACUCCAACACCACCUUUCGUCAAUAAACUGCUCAGCGUCUGCGAGCAACUCAUUGGGAUUCGACCUUCCAUCACAGAAAGCUUCAAGCAUCUCGCUGACAGUAUCACUCUGCUGCGCUAUUGCGACCGUGUACUGCGUGUCUCCGGCCAAAGACUCUACCUGCAAGACUUAAUUGAGCACGAUACCAUCGAGAAGCAAGCUCAUCUCCUGCUCUCUCGAAAAUUUCAACAAGCGCGCCUUGUAAUUGCUCCUGAAGUACCCAAGUCCAAUCCUCCCCAACCCAGGCAACACGUCCCAGCUCCAAACCAUGCCAUGCAAGCCACCACUCCCUCCUGUCAAGGCACAGACAAGGAUACGCUUUGCCACGCCAAACGUGCUGUAGCACGCGCUGGCUUCUCUCCAUCGGACAUCGAGGACGUCCUACCCAUCCGGCACUCGCUGCAUCGGACUGCGAUUGGGUCCCGUCCGCAGUCCUACCAUAACCGCAUGGUCUUUCGCAUCUGCAACGUUGCGCAGCAUCAGAUUCUGCGUGCCCUCGAAAAGGCGCUGGUCUCGAGACCGAUGCUGAGAACCGUUGUGUUCCCUGACUCGAACCGUAUCCCGUUCCACGCCGUCCUUACCCCGAGUCCCGCACUCUUUGCACAGCUCAUCCACGAGGUAGACGUCGACACUGAGGAGGAUGCGCAGGAUCGUUUCAAGGAUGGUUCUGCGGAGGGUCAUUCGUCGCCGUUCAUGUUCCAGGCUGAUUUGGUGAGGACGUCUGGGGGUCAGGCUUUUCUUUGCGUUACCUUUAAUCACUCCGUCUUUGAUGUUCUGUCUAUCUUGCAGUGGUACCACGAUCUCGAUCAUUGGAUCCAAGACAUAAAGACCAACAUCCCUGCACUGACUUCCUACCGACUCUUUUCUGAUCUGUUCACCCAAUACGAGGAAAGCGUACCUGCACAGAACAGUGUCGCAUUUCAUGUUCGAAAACUUCGAGGCAUCUCUCGCUAUGGCCGCGCAUUGUGGCCACCUCAAAAGGCGCCUGGCAUGAUGAUCGCUAAUGACCAAGGUUCACCACAUGCUAGAGAACGGUGCCAAGUUCGCAACCAAGUUUGGAAUGGCGAUUGGGAAAGCCGCGCUCAUGAGUUCCAAUACCCGCGAAGUGGUCGCGUUUCGAACAUACCAGGGCUUCCAAAGCUCCAAGACGAACACGGCAUCCAUCCAGCACUGUUCACCAAGAGCGCAAUUGUUCUCUUCAAUGUUAUUCAAACUGGUUGUUCACACGCAUUCCUCAAUGUCUGGGAAAGCGGACGCUCAUGGCCAUUUAUUCCCCAGUGGAUGAACAAACUCCUUCCGCCAGCCAUGAGCAUUGAUGGUCCUACCGUUCAAUGGAUCCUCAACAUGUCGGAAGUCAUCCAUAAGGAAACAGUCAUCGAGUUUCUCCAGCGUAUGACAGCUGAGAGCGAAGAGAUCAAACAGCAUGAACAUGUUCCUUGGAACAAGGUUGUUGAAAAGCUCAGCGACGAAGGAGAAGCCGCAAUCGAAGCGUCAUUUAGACAAUCUUUUGUCUGGGAUGUUUCUCUCGCCAUGAAUUUCUCAAAGCAGGGAAGUUUCAAGACUUUUGAGCCUGUCGCACGCUACGAUUGGGCUGAUUGCGGCUUCUUCUGGAAUGCCUUUAUGAUCGAUUCUAUGAACCUAUAUUUUAUUGCUUCUUGGGACACGGCGCAAAUGAAUGAUACCGAAGUCGGUGGGCAUUGCGAUGCUUUGUCUGAAAUCCUUCGAAAGCUGGGAGAUGAGAGCAACUGGGAUAAAAAGCUGAGCGAUGUGUUCCAUCUAUGA